AUGGGACGGGCCUGGGACACCCACUGCACAGCAACUAACACACACCCAAACUCGACUGGCCUAGGUUGGGUGGACGGGACGGGCCUGGGACAUCUCGACACACGACUAGACACAGUAGACCAAACACCCACACGCGACUGGCCUAGGUUGGGUGGCUGGGACGGGCCUGGGACAUCUCGACACACGACUAGACACAGUAGACCAGUGAGUAUCCCCAAACACCCACACGCGACUGGCCUAGGUUGGGUGGCUGGGAUGGGCCAGGGUAGCGACACUCAACUAUACACAGUAGACCUACCAGACUCAUACGGGUCUGGCCUCAUGGUUGGGUGGAUGGGACGGGCCUGGAAGACCCUAUUAUAUAUACUUACUCCUAUAUACGACACACGCGACAACUUCUCUGGCCCCAUGGUUGGGUGGAUGGGCGCGACAACACUUCUGGCCUCAUGGAUGGGUGGAUGGGAUGGGCCUGGAAGACCAUAUUAUAUAUACCUGCUCGGUUUCAACACAGGGGCUUACAGCUUCAGCAACAAGCCAGGCCCUGGCAUGGGCUGGGCCGCUGUAGUAGACAUAGGUGACCCAGAACUAAGUCCUCCAGCGAACCAGGCCCUGCUUUGGGUUCACACAGUGAACCAGGCCUCGGUUGGGCGGUUGGGAAGGGCCUGGGACAUCGGAUUCAACAUCCAUCACAUUGGUUCGCUGCAGCGGACCAGGCCUCGGUUGGGUGGUUGGGACGGGCCUGGGACAUCGGACACGGGGGGUGGAGGGUUUGGAUCAAUUCACUGCAGUGGUGAACCUCAGGCCCUGGAUGGGUGGCUGGGACGGGCUUGGGACAACAACUCGCCACAUACAACACACAAAUUCACCACUGCAGUGAACCGGGCCUCGGCUGGGUGGACGGGACGGGCCUGGGGUUCACCACUGCAGUGGACCAGGCCUAGGCUGGGCGGUUGGGACGGGCCUGGGACAUAG